AUGGACUUUUUAAACUUUGACUUUGAUGAUGAGGAAGAUGAGAAUGGCGAGAUGUCAGAAGCCAGCACGUCUGCGGAGAUGCUAUCUCUUACCGAGCCCACUGACAAAGCAGAAGGGAAGCCAAGGGAAGAAAGUUCAGACACAGACCUUGAGAUAGAAGAUGUUGAGCGAUCAUUUACAACCAUAAAGGGUGCAGAACUCUACAUAGAGGCUUGCAAGCUGGUGGGAGUAGUUCCUGUCUCAUACUUCAUUCGGAACAUGGAAGAGCCCAUCAUGAACCUUAACCAUCAUGGGCUUGGACCCAAAGGAACCAAAGCCAUUGCCAUUGCUCUAGUUUCCAACACCACCAUCACUCACUUAGAGUUAGAAGACAACUGGAUUCUGGGCGAAGGAACCACAUACCUGGUGCAGAUGCUGCGAGAAAAUUGCUACAUCCAGGAGAUGAACAUUUCCAAUAAUCAUCUGAACACAGAUGGAGCUGAAGCUAUCUGCAGAAUGUUCUUCAAUAAUAUUUCUAAUAUCCGGGCUAUUCAGCUGGCAGGAAACAACUUUAGGGAAGAGUCAGCACUGUAUUUUUCUGAAUCAUUAAUGGUCAAUUACAGAGUGAUAGAGCUGGACCUCAGCCACAAUGAGUUUGCUGACAAGGGAGGAGAACAGCUGGGACAGAUGCUGGCCAACAAUGAAUCCUUGGAGAUUCUGAACCUGAGCUGGAAUCACCUGCGAAUGAAGGGGGCUGUAGCCCUGGGUGCAGGCCUCAGGGCCAAUGGAUCACUGAAGAUACUUAACCUCUCAUGGAAUGGCUUUGGGAAUGAGGGUGCUCUGGCCCUUGGAGAAGCCCUCAAAGUCAACAAUGUGCUAACUGACCUGGACAUCAGCAGCAAUCAUAUCAACAAUGAAGGGACUAUAAAGUUGUGCAAGGGAUUAGAACUCAAUGGAACCCUUAGAAUCCUGAAGAUGUCCCAUAAUCCAAUCACAGUAGAGGGUGCCAUUGCUCUCGUCACAUGUGUCAGAAAGAAUCCAAAAUCCAGAAUGGAAGAAAUCAACAUCUCGAAUGUGCUGGUGAAUGAAGGGUUCAUCAAGCUGCUGGAUACUGUCUGUGAGAUACGUCCUGAACUAGAUGUCGUCUUUGGAGGGGUUGGAGGCUACAUUGCCAAGAAGCCAGAACAGUGUCCAGAUGCUAUGAAGCUGAUUCAGAACUAUUUGGAUGAAAACAAGCUGAGGCUCUGGGAUUUCUUUAGGAACAUGGACAAAUAUGGCAACAUGAAGAUUCCUGUAGCAGAAUUUCGGAGAGCCAUGAUGAUGCAAUCAAAGAUCCCCCUGGACCGGGUACAGGUUGGAGAACUGGUACAUAGGUUGGAUCAAAGCAGGACGGGGUAUGUGGACUACAGUCAUUUUAAAGUUGAGGAGCCAGAAAAGAAGCCUAAGGAAGAGAAGGAGGAAGAGGAAGAAGACUAA